AUGGCAUGCAUGGCUUUUUAUUCAUUUCAAAAUCAUAACACAGUAAACGAAAAUCAAGAAAAGCAAAUCAGAGAUGAAGCAAAUUAUUGGAAACUGGUAUUGGAUAGAAUUAUAGCUACAACGUUAACACUCGCAACUGAAGAUAUUCCAUUUCGUGGCCACCGAGAAAAUAAUGAGACAGAAAGCAAAGGUAAAUUUUUAGCGAUAAUCGAAUUGUUAGGUAAAUACGACCCGGUACUUACAGAAUUACUCCAAAGACCUAAAGGAACCAUAAAAUAUUUAAGUCCGGCAAUUCAGAAUGAAAUAAUUACAGCACUAGGAGAUAAAGUUAAAUAUGAUAUUUUACUAGAAAUAAGAAAAGCUCCAUUUUUCAGCUAUAUUUCUGACUCAACACAAGACAUAUCCAAAAUUGAUCAACAAAGCCAUAUAUUUCGUUAUGUAAUUGUGAUGUAUGAUAAAGAAAAUAAACCAGUUGACAUAGUUAUACAUGAAAGUUUCAUUGGAUUUGAAAUUAUGGAGGGCCAAACGAGUAGUGAAAUGGAACAGCAACUAUACAAUAAUUUUGAAAAAAAUAAAAUUGAUAUUAAAAAGUUAAGAGGGAUUGGAUUUGAUGGAGCUGCUAACAUGAGUGGUGUUUAUAGUGGAUUACAAGCACGUAUCAAACACACUCAGCCACUUGCAUUAUACGUGCAUUGCGCCGCUCACAAUUUAAAUCUUGUAAUUAAUGACUCGGUUAAAAAUAUUACUGAAAUUCAAAAUUUUUAUGAAAAACUUGAAUGCCUUUAUUCAUAUUUUGCAAAUAGUAUUAAAAGGUGGGCACACUUAAAAUCAGUGAGUUCUGUGUCUGUUUCACUCAAAAGACUAUGUACUACUCGAUGGUCUUCACGAAAUGAUUGUUUAAAAGCGCUUAGUUUGCUUUACGUAGAUAUUUUAAAACUUUUAGCAUAUAUUUCACUUAUGGGUAGAAAUAAAGAUGAAAAAAGUAAAGCCUCAGGUCUUCAAAACUAUUUUCAAAAGUUUGAUGUAAUUUUAAUAAUUGUCAUCGAAUCCAAAAUUCUCAACUCAUUACAAAUUGUAUCACUAUUGCUACAAAAAUCGGAUAUAGACUUACUUAAAGCUUUUGAACUGCUUCAAACAGCCUUGAAUAAAAUAAAAGAAAUGCGUGAUAAAUUUGAAGAAGUGUUUGAGGAAGCUAAACAAAUAGCAAUUUCGUGGGGAGUUGAGUCAACGUUCACUAAGAUAAGAAAAACAAAAACAACUAAAUAUUUUGAUGAAUUAAGUAACGAUGAACCAUGA